AUGAGGAUAUGCUUUGUUAAUAUUGAAUUGUUUGUAGAGGAAAUGAAGAAUCAAGGUAUCCAGGAUAUAUUUGUAUUUUGCACUAUGGGAGAACUGUCAUUAUAUCGGGUCCCAACGCUGUUACAAGAAUAUCAGAAACAAGACUUCACUGUGCAUCAUCAUCCAUUCCCUGAUGGGGACGUGCCACAACCAUCCAACUUUCGCUUAAUCCUACAAGAUUUAAAAGCCUGUAUGGAUAGCAACAAGAAGGUGUUAAUACACUGUUAUGGUGGUAUGGGACGUUCAUGUCUUGUUGCAGCAUGUUUAUUACUUCAUUUGUCUGACUCAAUGACUCCUCAAGAAGCGUUAAGUUUUGUCCGCACACUGAGAGGUUCUGGAGCAAUACAAACAAUAAAGCAAUACAAUUUUCUUAAUGAGUUUCGUGACCGUAUGGCUUCCCAGCUCUCUGCUUCGAAUGACAAUUGCCGUGCUCUAUCAAGAUAAAAAAGAUGUUUUGUUGAAUAUUGUUUGUUUACUUAAAGUUUUUGAAAAUAAACUUUAUUUUCUUUAAGUUAA